AUGGAAGCCAUCGCGGAAGAGCUUGGUGUUUCUGUCGAGGUCCUGCUGCGGGGCCUUCCGCCGCGCCUCCGGCACGCCGCGGAUGGCGUCAUCCUGCGCCAGUUCGCGCGGCUGGGCUGCUACGCCGACUACCUUCGAGUCCGCGACCCGGAGACCCCGGAUCUGAUGCGGCUUCUCCACACCUUCACGCACGUACGGGGCCAUGUGCCCUACAUGCCUCUGUGGGAUGCAUCGAACAUCUAUCAUGCUUUGCUGGAGGAAGGAGGACCGGCGACUUCGCACCAUCGCCAGGUCAUCAUCACGAACCCCGACGUCCUGCUCGCCAAGUACCGCUCCUAUCGCGCUAUCGUUGAGCAGAUGGACCUGCUAGACUCUGUGAGCCAGUCUGUCGAGGAGGUGCUGACCUUGCGUCUGCAAGCACAGUUCGAGGCUUGUGUCGCAGAUCUGCGGUCAACCAAGGCAAAUCUGCAGCAGCAUGCCCGGCGUCUAGUGCUCCUCUAUCUUCGCCAAGGUGACAUUUUGGAAGCCAAGCAUUAUCUGCAGAUAUGCUUUCCCAGGGUGUCCCAGCGUAUUGAUAAUAAUCCAGCUAGGACCUUUGAAGCUUAUCAACUUCUUCUCACAACUCUCCAGGAUGAAUUUGUUGGUGAAGAACUAGAGCUGGCAUCCCAGAUGGAAAAUUUUGUGGCUUCGUUGGCAUGUUAUAGGCUGUUAUACUUGAAGGCUACAAACCUUGCGUUUAUCAUUUCUUUGGUUCAGUGUUUCGCAGCAGAUAUCGUAAAGAAGAGGGAUUACCUCCUGGGCUGACUCAGAGUGCGAACACUGAUAGGCGCCGCACCUCUAAACUAAGACUCACGUCGCGCAGGCACUUUCUAUCAGAAGGAUACUAGGAGAGCGAAGAAGUAAACCUCUGCAAAUUACUGUUUACUGGAAAAGUCAGGAAGAAAUGAUUGGUCAACAAACUUGUAUAUAAGCUCUGAGGUUGCUGCAUGUGCAGCCGGAGUCUCUUUUUUACUUGUUAUCAUUGCUUCAUUUCGUUCAUAGGGAUCACAACUGAGAAGUUUGCACGAUCUGCCCUUGUUCCUUCGGGGUGAGGGGUGAGGGGUGGCCAUACACGGUCAAACUGCGGUGCGGCAUGUUAAAACACGUGUGCCAUGCUUGGAGUAGUCGCGGUUGCGCUUAGACUUGUUGAAACGAAGGGGUAUUACUUGAACGGCCUGCAGGAU